UUCAAGAAUGCCCCCUAAAAAACAAGAAGAGCAUCAACAUGGACCAAUUCUUGGUAGACUGUCAACGAAUUUAAGGAUGGGAAUUCUUGGCUUACCGAAUGUUGGGAAAUCUACCUUUUUUAAUGUUUUAACAAAAUCAGAAGCUCAGGCAGAGAAUUAUCCAUUUUGUACGAUUGACCCGAAUGAAAGUAGAGUACCUAUUGAUGAUGUUAGAUUUGAUUGGUUGGUAGAACAUUAUAAGCCUUUAAGUAGAGUGCCUGCUUUUUUAAAUGUUGUGGAUAUUGCUGGGCUUGUUAAAGGUGCUUCCGAAGGUCAAGGUCUUGGAAAUGCUUUUCUUUCGCAUGUUGGUGCAUGUGACGCUCUCUUUCAUUUGUGUAGGGCAUUUGAAGAUAGUGAAGUUACUCAUGUUGAAGGUUUUAUUUUAAUUUUUGUUUCCGGGGAUGAAGGGUUUUGGAUUUUUAAUUUAAAUGUUUAUUACUUAAUGUAUCCGUUGACUUUCUUCCUAUAA